AUGGCUGCCAAUGCCUUGCAGCCGUCUUCUAGUGCUUUGCAGCCGCCUUCAAUUGCUGGAAUUGCAGAACAACCGCCACAUGACCCCAGGACCUCCAUAGCCUUGCAGUCGCCAGCGCCGAUUACCGGAGCUACUCUGCCUCGCUGUCAUGUCGUUGGAGCACAGCAGCAGCCACACCACUUAACUACCGGACUAGCUGCACAGCCUCACGGCUACUCUGACGUCGUCCCGGUCUUGGAGUAG